GGAAAAACGAAGCGUCACUGUAUCUGAAUCUGUCUGAGAACUUGGAAUGAGGAAGCCAGAUUCACUGAUGAAAGAGAAAGUGAAGCCCAAGCUGAGGAAGGGCUUGUGGUCACCUGAAGAAGACGAGAAGCUGAUGAACUAUAUGUUAAGAAAUGGGCAUGGGUGUUGGAGUGACAUAGCCAGAAAUGCAGGUUUACAAAGGUGUGGCAAGAGUUGUCGCCUUCGUUGGAUUAACUACCUGAGGCCCGACCUCAAGCGUGGUGCGUUUUCGCUCCAAGAAGAACAACUUAUCAUCCAUUUUCAUUCCAUUCUUGGAAACAGGUGGUCUCAAAUUGCAGCAAGGCUUCCAGGAAGGACAGACAAUGAAAUAAAAAAUUUCUGGAAUUCUACAGUAAAGAAAAGGUUGAAGAAUAACACUUCUACACCCUCACCAAACAGCAGUGAUUCAGCAGAGCCUAGAGAUGUCGUUGGGGGGAUCAUGUCCAUGCAAGAACAUGACAUCGUGGCCAUGUGCAUGGACUCGUCUUCCUCAUCAUCAUCCUCGAUGCAUGCUAGGGUUUCGGGCAAUCGUUUCAACCAUGUCCCCGUAUUCGACUGCAGCUAUGGCAUAAAUGGUGCAGCAGGUUUAUUCAAUAUCCCAUCAUCUUCAGCAGAAGUUGGUUUGGGAGAUGGGGUUUUUGGGGGGUAUGGUAAUGUAGGACCAUAUUUUUCAGGGGUAGAAAGUGAUAUUUUGAUUCCUCCAUUAGAGGUUGGGGGCAUUGGAGAUAAUAAUGGUGCUGGUGACUAUGUGUUUGAUAAGAAAACCACUAACCACUUCAAUAAUAGUGAAGGCAUCAAAUUAGAGGACAUGGUUGGGUUUGGAAAUCAUUGGGAGGGAGAAAACUUGAGAAUGGGAGAAUGGGAUUUGGAGGGUUUGUUGGCAAAUGUCUCUUCCUUACCAUACCUUGAUUUCCAAGUUGAAUAAGUGCUACCUUCUCUCACAUCUAGGAAAUUUUGAAGUUUUUUUUUUGUCUUCUUUCUAGUUAGGUAGUCCUUGAAGUUUUUGGUUUGGUAUACUUCUUGUUCAAUUGUUACUUAGAUCUAAUUUAUUGACUUUUUUUGCUGACUUAAUUUACUACUGUCGUUAGAUUAACAGUGAAUUCCCAUAUUUGAUGGGGUCCAUGCCACUGUCAAUCUGAUAGCAUUAGUAGGUUACAUCAACAAAUUAUGUCAAUAAUUUUGAUCCAAGUAGCUUUAUUGUUCUUCUUUCUUCCAUUGCAUACAAAUGUCUUCACCCAUGAACCAACUCCUUCAUGAUGUUGGAGAGGUCUACAAUAAUGGUUGUAUAUUAGGGUGGCAGAAUAGAGGGUCGGCCUUGUGCAGUGGUAACUUUGCGUUAUUCUGGUUUGAAUUGCACUUGUAAAACACUGUACAUCUGACCAUUAUGAGGUCUAAAAGUGAUAAGAGUCUCGUGUAUUAGGCUACUUUGUACAAGUGGUG